AUGUUCUCCGACGUACUUAUCAUUGGCGCUGGUCCGUGUGGGCUAGCUGUAGCGGCACGUCUGCGCGAGAGUACUCCGUCUGCAUUGUUUACGGACGAGGAGCAUGCUCGGUACUGGAAACGUUUCAAUCGCAAGGACACGCUCGAGGCCGAGAGAAAGAGCAAAGGAAGGAGAAAGAGCACGGGAUCCGACCAAACCGAAGGCCACGACAAUGACGACGAUCAUGGCACCGGAGGAGAUCUCAAAAUCACCGUGCUUGACUCCGCGUCUGACCAGUGGCUCGGAGCAUGGAGUCGUCGACUCGCACAAUUCGAUAUCCCUCAUCUGCGUAGCCCCUUGUUUUUUCACCCAGACCCCAGGGACAAGGAUGGCCUGCUGGCGUACGCCUAUGACCAGGGACGACAUCACGAGCUCAUUGAGAUCGAGCAUGUGACCAGGAAAGAGUAUAGCAAGCACUCGCGGAAGAAAGAGCACCAAAGGAGCCGAAAGCCAAAGGUAGAGAGACAUCUCAGAGUCGAUGGGCGAGAUCAGAUCGAUUACUUCACCCCGUCCACGAGCCUCUUCAGGGACUAUUGCUGGAACGUUGUGGAUCGAUAUAGCUACGCCAUACCAAUCCUCGUGAUUGCAACAGGCGCAACUUCAGCGCCGAGUAUCCCACCUGACCACAACCUGUCAAUCUCAUCGGGCGCCGCAGCGGAUUCAGUGUGCCAUUGUUUCGAUCGAUCUGCUCUCAACAUGAUGGAGACCAUCUCGCGCAAAGCAGCGGAUGGCAGGCCAGCCAAAGUUGUGGUUGUAGGUGGUGGUCUGACAUCAGCCCAGCUCGCUCACUUGCUCAUACAAGGAGGCGUCUCCCACGUCUGGCUGAUCAUGCGAAGCAAAUACAAACUCAAACAUUUCGACGUUGACUUGGAAUGGGUAUCCAAAGUGCGCAAUCAGCGCAUGGCCGAGUUCUGGUCCGCCGACAGUGACAACGAAAGGGCAACGAUGUUGAGAGACGCUAAAAAUGGUGGUUCUAUCACUCCUGCCUUCGACAAGAUCCUCCAGCGGCACGUCAAGCGAGGGAGGUUGACUCUUCUUCCCUGCACACGAAUCACACGUGGGACAUGGGAUGAUGGCUGGAAUCUGGUGACAGAGCCUGAAGUCGAAGUGGGCUUGCCCAAGAUUGAUUAUGUUUUCUUCGCAACAGGAGUCAAGCCAGAUUUCGCAACGAUUUCUUUCCUCCGUGACCUCCAACGGGAACAUGGCAUGGAACUUAUGGGGGGACUUCCAAUCAUCAAUGAUGAUAUGAUGUGGAAUGAUGAAUUGCCUUGCUUCUUCGCAGGAGCACUUGCUGCGUUGCGACUUGGGCCUGGAGCCGCAAAUCUGGCUGGUGCGAGACAAGGUGCUGAGCGGAUUGCUUGGAAGAUCGAGCAGCUGUUAGGGUCGUGUGGCAGCAACCGAAGGGCCGCUGUCCGUGGCUCCCUGCGCGGGGAACCGUCCGAUGGCGAGGGUUCUGCAUCAAUGCCGGAAUCUGUGACUUCUGAAGAAGUCGACUUGGACAGCUAUAAUAAUCAGUUUGAGGCACUGACCUUUGAUGAUCUAUAG